AUGCUGGGCGACGACUGGCCAGGAGGCGACUCUGAACUCAGAGGGAGCGACGGGCGACAGGCGGCGGCGGCGGCGGGCUUGCCCCCGCCCGUGAGCGGGAUCAAUGCGUCCAUGAGCCGGAGGCGGGAGCAGCGCGUCCUGUUCAUGGUGGUGAUCAUGGUGGUCUGCUACCUGCUGUGCUGGCUGCCCUACGGCAUCAUGGCCCUGCUCGCCACCUUCGGCCCGCCGGGCCUGAUCACCCCCGAGGCCAGCAUCAUCCCCUCAGUCCUGGCCAAGACCAGCACCGUGGUCAACCCGGUCAUCUAUGUUUUCAUGAAUAAACAGUUUUACAGAUGCUUCCAAGCCCUGCUGCGCUGCGAGACGCCUCGCCGGGGCUCCAGCCUAAAAAGCUCCUCCAAGGUUGCAACCAAGGCCAUGCGGGGCGUGGCCGUCACCGGCGCCCGCCGCACCAACGAUUUCCUGUACAUGGUGGCUUCGCUGGGCCCGCCGGCCGCCACGCUGCCCCAGCUGGACCCGUCCUGCGAGCCCACCAUCGACAUCUCCAGAGCCGCUUCCUCCGACAAGCCGGCCGCGGUUUCACUCGUGGCCCACUUCGACGGCUGA